UGUAAACGCGGAUAUUAUUCCGUCUAAUUAUAUUCGUUUUCGUGUGACUGGGAUAAAAAUUAUGCGGUGUUACGAGACGACAUUAUUAAACGAGUCGGGUCGUGCGCUUUCAUGGUUUUCCUCCUUCGUCCUCGCCACGAGGCGGUCGUCUUUGGAAGGAUCGUCGCGUUGUCGUCUUAGGCGGUCUUUGAUGUCGGCCUUCGUAAGAAUCCGCUUUUAACUUUUCAACACAAUACUCGCCGACAGGUAAAAGUCUCAGAUUCCUGCUUCCGCACACGGCCCACGAGCGCAACAGCAGCAUUCGCCGCACAUCCACAAUGGCUGUUUGUUUAUGACAAUUUUGGGCCACGCGAGGACUCAUCGGGUAGCUGCAGCAGCGUGCCGAGGCGCUGCCUCUGCCGCAGAGAGUCUGUGACCUGGUUUACCCCAGGCGCAACUCAGCACAGCGACGUAAACGAGCACAACACUCGUCUACCUGCGUCCAAUAUUGUUGUUAUUAUCCCGUGGCCGCACUAGCAAUUUCGCGUUCAAAGUGGCUAAGAGCGUAAGUCCCCGUCGAGCGCACCAAGAGUGCUCCAGCGGGGUGGACGGGGUGCAGGCGGCGGCGCAGGUGCAGCAGGAGAGACGAACACCGAGGCGCAUGCCUUACCUGGGGCCUGACAUGACAACCCGGCUGUCCGCCAUGUUCUACACGGUCGAGGUCGGGGACACCAAGUUCACCAUUCUGAAGCGCUACCAAAACCUCAAGCCUAUAGGAUCGGGCGCGCAGGGAAUAGUUUGCGCGGCGUACGACACUGUCACUGCGCAAAAUGUUGCGAUCAAGAAGCUGUCCAGACCUUUUCAAAAUGUGACGCACGCGAAAAGGGCCUACAGAGAGUUCAAACUUAUGAAGCUGGUCAAUCACAAAAAUAUAAUCGGUCUUCUGAACGCAUUCACGCCGCAGCGGUCGCUGGACGAGUUUCAAGACGUGUACCUGGUGAUGGAACUCAUGGACGCGAACUUGUGCCAGGUGAUCCAAAUGGAUCUCGAUCACGAGCGUAUGUCCUACCUCCUCUACCAGAUGCUGUGCGGCAUCAAGCACUUGCACUCCGCCGGCAUUAUUCAUAGGGAUUUAAAACCAAGCAAUAUCGUCGUGAAAUCCGACUGCACGUUGAAGAUUCUCGACUUCGGCUUGGCGAGGACCGCUGGUACCACAUUCAUGAUGACGCCUUACGUCGUCACACGGUAUUAUCGGGCGCCAGAGGUGAUUUUGGGCAUGGGCUACAAGGAAAACGUAGACAUUUGGUCAGUUGGCUGUAUCAUGGGAGAAAUGAUAAGAGGCGGUGUUUUGUUUCCGGGAACAGAUCACAUCGAUCAGUGGAACAAGAUUAUCGAACAACUAGGUACUCCGGCGCAGGAGUUCAUGCAACGACUGCAGCCGACCGUAAGAAAUUACGUUGAAAACAGGCCGCGAUAUCCUGGUUAUCCUUUUGACAGGCUAUUUCCAGAUGUCUUGUUUCCCUCGGACUCUUCGGAGCACAAUAGAUUAAAGGCGAGCCAAGCCAGGGAUCUAUUGUCGCGCAUGCUCGUAAUCGACCCGGAGCGACGCAUUUCCGUGGACGAGGCGUUGCUGCACAAUUACAUAAACGUCUGGUACGACGAGGGGGAAGUUAAUGCUCCUGCACCAGGUCCGUAUGAUCAUAGUGUGGACGAGAGGGAACACACGGUUGACCAGUGGAAGGAACUAAUCUAUCAGGAAGUGAUGGAGUACGAGACAAGCCACAAUCCUGCGGCGGUCGCCCAAUCGUCAGAGAGCGCCGGGAGCCGGUAGAUACCGCGGAGCUGUAGCCCGCCCGCGGACUUUUUUCCGUCAUGUUUUGCGAAGUAUCUAGACAGUCUGACCUACCGCGUGGACAUAGCGGAGGCGUCGUAGCGAGAAAGGGAGAGAAAUCAGUAAAAUCACUAAAGACACGAUGAAGGAAGAAAGAAAAGAGAAGAAAUCGACGUCCACAACAAAAAAAAAAAAAAACCGAUCUCCCUCUAACCUCUCUUUCGAGAAGGGAAGAAACGUGCGUGGGGAGAACACGACGAACAGAAGAGUUUGUUUGAUCAAAGUGUAGUAAACAAAAAUUAGAAUCUCUGGGUAACAUAUUCCCGGUCAACAAAACAAAACAAAAAAAAACCAAAAAAAAAAAACAAAAAAAAACAAAAAAAGCGAGCGUUUGGAGAUUCCCUGCAACGAUUCCCCCGCUCGAUCUUCUCUCUCUUCUGGAAUGCUCUGGACGACCUCCUGAACAAAUACUUUUUGGGGAUGCGAGACUCGCGACCGCCAUGCGGUAUUUUCGGAAAAAUCACGCCGGAGACCCGAAACACCCUCGUCGCUUUUUUGCGCUUUACACCAGUGUUACCGAACCUGGGAAGAAUAACGGUACACACAUUUUUCCGAAAGAUCUCUGGGAGAGCUGCGAGGAUCGAAAACGGAGUUCGCGGAGCAGAGAGGGCAGGAUGAAACUACCCGGAAUAAGAAGUUAUCGUGUCACGCGUUACGUCGUUUCUUCAACUACUGCCAUUCUGGGCUGUUUUUGGAUGAGUCUCUUCUCUCUCUUCUUCAUGAUUCAUUGGCUGCGUUCGGUGCUUUCUAAUUAUCGUUUGGACUAUUGCAGACCUAUUGCAACUGUGAAAGUACACGAUAACCAAGUACAAAACGCUUUUUUAAGCGCUUGGUUUUGCUGAACGCGGCUACUGGCUUAUUUUUUGAUCGACGCGAGCUCUCCCUCGAUAUUUCUUCUGGGGAACUUUUGAGUCCUUUGUACCGCGGCACGAUAUUUCUAUCUCGGUUCCUCGCCGCGUACACUUGACUUUCCUUUCGGUACGAGUUCCCUCGCUCUGAAGGACGUCAAUAUAUUUCAUAUUUUCCGGUCGUCCCGCAAAUCUUUGAACAAUAUUUUUCGCGCAUUUCACAGCAAUAAUAAAGUCAACGCGGAAGAGAAAAAUGUCUUAGAAAUAUCGUUCCAUCCCCCUUCUUGUAAGUUUUAAGGUUUUAAAUCGUCGGCGGCUGAAUCGUUCCUUUACCUUCCGGAAAUAACCCGGCGGGGUUAAAUGACCGAUCGAUCGUGUGUGUGUUGCGACUUUCGAGAGGAUCGCGAUCGAGCGCGUUUAUCGUUUUGCGCGUGUACAACAUAUGCUAUAUAUUUUUCGUAUCGUUAUUAUAAGUACACUUACGGGAACACAUGAUUCUGAAUCAUAUUCAUAAUGUAAACAUGAAAUGUAACUUUAACGUGUGUGACUAUUCUACGAUCUUUCGGAAUACAGGAUACAAAGAUUAUAUACCACAUAUUAAGGAGAUAAGAGAAAAUUUAUAUCACCAGAGCUUAUAGUCGCUCGAUCGCCCUCUGUCGUAAGCAGCAAUAAAAUCCGAUCGCCGGGACGAGGCUCUUUAGGGAUUUUGUUUUUGUUAAGUCGCUUGGAGCGCGAAGUAUAUGUAUAAGUUAGGCAUAUUUGUUAAUUUAUUUUAUAACGCGGAUAGAGAGAUGCAUAAGCCGCGCAAUGUAAUUGAGAGAAUCAAGGAAUGAGACGCAUAUAUCGCAACGUCGAGUCUCCGAAACACCGAACGCGAUUUCGUCGUUUGAUCGUUAUGGGAAGAGACGCGAUCGACAUAAGUGAGAAGUAGAAUUUUUGUACAUAAUACUAAUUAUUAAUUAAUUACAUUAGUGUUGGAGACAAAAACAAGUGUGUCCGCACGAUCUCGCGAGAUAUCGAUUUUUUCGUAAGCGUGUGCAAACUUUUUGUUCGGAUCUCCGCACUAUUGUGCUUUCGUCUCGGUCGUUAUCAGUGCCAGUAGAUCAGUGCGCGAUCUAUAAUAUUUUGUAAUUUGCAAUUUUGUAGUUUGUAAGGGAUUGUCGAAUUGCUGAUUAUACUUUUUAUCGUGUCGACAGAAAGCGAGAAAGAGAAAAAAAAAUAGUCAGUGCAAUGUCACAACGAUCGAUGUGUGUUUCGCGUAAUAGCGUCAGAGAGUCUGCGAUCUCGCAAUUACCGAUUUAUAUAUCCUUAGCCGAGUGGUAGCAAUACUACUCCUCUGUUUUCGUGCAAUCUCGCGUACGUAACUCGUAUAUAUCGCGCGAUGAACUCACGGUGCUUAGUACUUUGCAAUCGGCAAGAGAGAGAGUCGGGAGCUAAAUCGAUCGUAAGUCGACGCAAUAAUCGGUGGAAUAUAGAUACAAUCGAUCGUGUAGAAUUAGCGAUGUGAGAUCGCUUUAUAUAGUUUGUUUCACACAACUUGUGAAUUUUUGAAGGACGUUUAUUGAAUUUUUAUUCCUUUUAUAUUAGAUCGUGUGAUUCUCGCGUUAAAAAAAAUUGUAUAGAAGAAUUUGGUAAAUUUGGGUGCAAUACUUUUUAAAUAAAAAGUAUUGGGAGAAACGUCUCGUAUAUUAUAAAUUAUUAUAGUGGACGAGGGUCGACCGGGUUUGGAAGGGCCAAUGAGAUACUGAGAUGAAUGAUGAGGAGAACUAUUAUAUGAAAUAAUUGUAUUUAUUGCGCGCGAGUUGACGAGGAGAAUUUACAAAUAAAAUACCGAAUCGACGAAUGGUGAUGAAAAAUAAUUGUAUAAUGUAAACGUUUAAAUUUUUAUUUUCCACGACGAUAGUUAUGUGAAUAUAUUGCUACAGUCCGAUCCAAAUAUAAUCAAGCUUUUGUAACACUAAUUAUAAUAAAAAGUCUAAUGAUGAUACUGCUAAUUACACGUACUUGUAUCGCACACACACGGUAAAAAAAAAAAAAAAAAAAAAGUUAUAAAGUACGAGCUAUAAAUAAGCGGUCUCGUUUUUGCGCGUGUACGGAAGCGGAGAGCAGUGCGCCAAAAAUCUUUACAAAUUCAGCUAGUCACCGUCGCGUUGUAGACUCGCGACAAAAUGUACUAAACCCCCACUUUUCCUCCAAUUCUCUUUCAUAUAACUGAUAUAUUUUCGAUAUAUUGCGAGCUUCUCCAUUACCAAAAUUUAAGAUAAAAAAAACGCGGUCUCGUUGACACUAAAACGUCUUUGUGGCAUGAUUUUUGCUGCGACAGUUUUUUCAAUUCGAUGUUAAAACGACGUAAUUGCAAAUUGUUCUAUUUUACACAAUAACAUUUUAUCGAAAAUAAAAAACGAGAAUGAAAACGACUGGAUACCACACGCUGUUUUUUUUUCUCGGCGUUCUAGUGUCAAUCCUCUAACUUAUAGUUUAAUUAAGAGAUAAAUUUAUAUAAGAGAGAAAUUCGGGUCUUUAGUUUUUAAAAUUAGGGGUAUGUGGUCUUUUUUUUUUGCGAAGAUCCUAAUUCUAAUAAAAAAAACACAGAUGUUCGAAUUAAAGAAGACAGUCUUUCAGAAAGGGAUCAUUCUUAAUGACGACGUACUUUUAAGAUGUAAAAAAUUUUGACGCCACUCCCCGAUUUUGAACAUUAAAGGCGCAAGGUGCCUAGGAAUAAACAUUUGCAUUUUGUUUCCUGUGUUGAUUCAUCCAUUUAUUUUUUUCUUAUCCAAAAAAAAAUGUCACUUUAUUGCACAGCUGUGAUUUUGUUCUAGCGUGCUAUUUUCAACUUCGUUGCGCACGUGUCAUCCCGAGAGCGAACACAUAUAUUAUCUAUGCAUAAUGAGAUAUAUUUUAACGGGCCCCUCGCCACUUUUGAACACACACGUUAAGUCAAUUAUAUUUAAUCAGCGGACGAUACUUAUAGCAGUUAAAAAGCGUACCCAGAUCUCUUGGGCAUUGCAUCUGCACAGGGUAAUUUCUGCGACCCUGUACUCUCACAGGGUGACUCUCGUUGAACUUAAGCAA